AUGGUCCGCCGUGCGGCGACCGUUGCUGCUCAUGCUUCUUCAAGAGACGCCCUCAAUGCCUCAUUACCGGCCGAGAAGCUACGCGCCGACGAGGCUGAACUCAAGCAUCACUUCCUGACACAAGCGUGGUUCACCUUCUCCCUUCAGAGCGACCCUAGGAAAUGUGACGUCUGGUCACGGUGGGUGCCACAGCUGGCAUCUCGAAAUGUUUUCAUAUAUCAGAGCAUGCUGUCGAUCGCAGCUCUUCAUCUGUGCCACCUCGAGCCGCCCGAGAUGAAGCGAUACUACUCUAUGGCCUGCCAGCAUGCCAUCCAAGCAAGUAACUACUUUCGACUGGCGGUCCCGGAGGUCACAGAAGAGAACUGGCUCGCGACAUUCGUCUUCGCGAUGUGCAACGGAAUCUUUGGGUACUACAGGCCCUUUGCGGACGAGAAAGUCAUGGGGCAGGUGAACUCGUUCGAGCCGGCCAAAGCUUUAAACGUCAUGCGGGUAGCAGCGAAGUUCUCCGACACGGUAACACCGCACGUCUUCAAGAGUCCAAUACGAGACAAGCUAGCACAAGUUGAUAUCAAAGAAUGGCGCGACAGCAGCGACAUUGCUCUACGGCCGUCAUUACAAAAGAUUGCCCGGUUCGUGGACUUCCUGUCCCUCGGGUCAGAAGCAACAGGGAUACCGGAAGACGACACCAAGGUCUACCUCAGCGCCCUUGUAGCGCUAAAGUCUUGGAUGAGUUCGCUCCCAGGACGACCGCGGAUAUGGAAACACUUCAUCCUUUGGCCAUCGCUCGUGUCAGAACAGUACCUGUCUCUGCUACGGUUCAAAGAGCCCGUGGCUCUCAUGAUCUUUGUGCUUUGGUGCGAAGUCAUGUUUCUGGCGCCGAGAAGGUGGUACCUCAUUGCGUGGUACGAUCGCGGGCAUGGCAGCGCUUUGAAGGAGCUGAGCCAGCUGGCGGAAAGCCCUGCACAGAAGUUCUGGGAGACGAUGGCGGCGGACAUGUCCAACGACGGGCUUUCAGAUUGCACGGGCUCGGAGACCGAUGGAAGCACCACCGGUCCGGCAACGCCGUCGACCGUCAAGAGCGAAGACGUCGGCUGUCGUAGAGGCGGUUUCUUGAUGUUGAGCACCGGGGAGGAAUAUCGGCAGGGGAAGGGGUUCGCGGUGACGACGAGCUGUCGAGAUUACUCGGGGAUGAUUGCGAAGGCGCGGUAA